AUGCACGAAAAUCUAUUCGCCUCUUUCACUUCCCCUACAAUAAUAGGCCUCCCCAUCGUAACUCUGAUCAUCCUGUUUCCAAGCAUACUAUUUCCCUCACCUAACCAACUAAUCAGUAACCGCCUCACCUCAAUCCAACAAUGAUUGAUUCAAUUAAUAUCAAAACAAAUAAUGUCAAUCCACAAUCACAAAGGACAAACGUGGGCAUUAAUACUCAUAUCACUUAUUACAUUCAUCGGAUCUACCAACCUACUAGGACUGUUACCACACUCAUUUACUCCCACUACUCAAUUAUCUAUAAACCUAGGAAUAGCUAUCCCAUUAUGGGCGGGAACAGUUAUCGUAGGAUUACGACAUAAAACCAAGGCAUCCUUAGCCCACUUCCUACCCCAAGGGACACCCUCUCCCCUUAUCCCAAUAUUAGUAAUUAUUGAGUCUAUCAGCCUACUCAUUCAACCUAUAGCCUUAGCCGUACGACUAACAGCCAAUAUCACUGCAGGCCACCUACUAAUCCACUUAAUCGGUGGAGCCACCCUGGCCCUUACUAAUAUCAGCAUAAUCACGGCCUUUAUCACUUUUAUCAUCCUCACUCUACUCACAAUCCUUGAAUUCGCUGUAGCCUUAAUCCAAGCCUAUGUUUUCACUCUACUAGUUAGCCUAUACUUACACGACAACACCUAA